ACUCUUAUCACAAACGCAGUCUGAUAACCCCUGUUCAGUUUUCUCCAAACAUCCAGGACGAAAAGUCUGUAGUACCAUCUAUCCUCAUUCAAUAGCCAUCAAUUUGUUUAUUAACAUCAAUAAUAAAAACAUUUUAUUUCAAACAUUUGAGUUCUAAAAGAAGAUUAAAUCAUUUUUAAAUACAAAUCAAUAAGUGCAAAAGAAAAAUGGCUGAUCCAAGGUACAAAUUUAGCUCGAUGCUUUGUGUGAUUGCUGUCUUGAUGUGCUUAGCAGAGAUGCAGGGUCAAGUUGAGGCUUGGGGUGGCGUAUUCAAUCGUUUCUCCCCGGAGAUGCUUUCUAACUUUGGAUACGGAAGUCACGCUGGAGGCUACAAAUCCUCUUAUCUCCAAAGACCGCUCGUAGGAAAUUACGCCAACGACUUUGGUGAAGGUCUACAGGUCAUAGAUGAUUGCGAAGACAGGAGUUGCGGAUGGAAUGGGGAUUGCUGUCCAGGGCAAAUAUGUUUUAUCAAUACAGAGACUGUAGGCACAUGUCACUAUGUAAGGGGUUUGAAACAGGGUGAACUAUGUCACAGGGAUAAUGAUUGUGAAACAGGCCUUGUCUGUGGUGAUGUUGCUGGUGCUGAUGCUCGAUCAUGUCAACCACCAAUUACUUCUAAUAAACAAUACAGUGAAGAGUGUACUAUCUCAAGCGAAUGCGAUAUAUCAAGGGGUCUAUGCUGUCAAAUUCAACGUCGUCAUCGUCAAACUACGCGCAAGGUUUGCUCAUACUUUAAAGAUCCUUUAGUUUGCAUUGGUCCAGUAGCUACUGAUCAAAUUAAAAAUAUUGUACAAUACACUUCUGGAGAAAAACGAAUUACUGGCCAUAAUAAUCGUCUUCUCUACAAACGUGGUUUAUAUCUAUAAAUAAUCAAACCAUUAAUACACAAAUAAUUAUCUCUCCACCACAUUAUUUUGUUAAACGUAUGAGUUAUUAAUUAUUAUGUUUGAUGACUACUUAUUUUAGAAUUUUACUCUAGAAUAUUUAAAGCAUUGUUUAAAAAUAAAAUAUUUAAAAUGUGUUGGAAGUAAAAGAAUUUAGUUGUUUAGAAUAGUUUCCAUUCAACUAAAUAGUUGAAGAGGAAUGAAGAGAAUAUUAUUUCAAUGAAUUUAUGGUAUACAUAACUUCCAUUUUCUCCUUCCUAAUUAUUGUGACUGAAAAUAAUUUUACAAAAUACUAAAAAAAAACAUAUGAAAUGGUACUUAUUAGAGUGAUAAGUGAUGAAGAUUAAUUUUGAAAUAAUGAUAUAUUGAUAAAAAUCCUCAAACUAUAGCACAAAUUAACAAAAAUGAAACAUUUGUUUGAACCAAAAAUUAAAAUAGUUUGAUAAAACAGUCUUCAAUUUUCAUAAAU